GUCGGCAUCCGGGCGGGCUGCGAGCGGUCCCGGAGUGCGGAGCGGUGCUGCAGAGAGGUGGAGGGCGGCGGGAGCGGCCGGCAGCGGCCGCCGAGACGGAAGCUGUGACGGAGAAGAAGCCGAAAAAGAGAAGUGGAAGAAGAAUUGGAAGUGGGAGAGGCGCGGAGGCGGCGAGCGUGAGGUGUCGGCGGUGUUGCGGUGACGGCGGGGCCGUGCGGGAGAUGUGCGCGGCGAGAGAAGGGCGCUGCGGCCGGAGGCAGCGGGCGCUGCUGUGCUGCGUGUUGGUGGCGGCGUGGGAGGCGGCGCGGGGGCAGCUGCGCUACUCGGUGUCCGAGGAGCUGCCCAAGGGCUCGUUCGUGGGCGACGUGGCCAAGGACCUGGCGCUGGAUCUGGCGGCGUUCGGCGCCGGCGGCGCCCGAGUGGUGUCGCAAGGCAGGACGCAGUAUUUCGCUCUGCAUGCGAGCAGCGGGCACUUGGUGACGGCCGAGAGGAUAGACAGGGAGCAGCUGUGCGAGAAUGUACAGCAAUGCGUGCUGCGCUGUGAGCUGAUCGUGGAGAACGACAUGAAGGUUUAUGCAAUCGAAGUGGAAAUCACGGACAUCAACGACAACACACCCAGCUUCCAAAAGACAGAAUUGGAACUCAGAAUGAACGAGAUGGUAGCACCGGGAACACGGUUUUCUCUGAGGAGAGCACAUGACCCAGACUUGGGUGUGAAUUCCCUGCAGAGCUACGCGCUGAGCGGCGAUGAGCACUUCUCGCUGUCCGUGCAGGCGGGAGCCGACGGCGAGAAGCGUCCCGAGCUGGUGCUGGCCAAGGCGCUGGACCGGGAGGAGGCGGCGUUUCACGAGCUGCUGCUGAGGGCGAGCGACGGCGGCGACCCGGCGCGGACGGGCACGGCGCGCAUCCGCGUGGCUGUGCUGGACGCCAACGACAACGCGCCCGCGUUCAGCCAGGCGGUGUACACGGUGCGAGUGCCCGAGGACGUGCCCGUGGGCUCCACGCUGCUCCGCGUCACCGCCACCGACCCCGACGACGGAACCAACGGAGACGUGAAGUAUUCAUUUGAGGAAAUAUCAGAGAAGGCUUCCAGGGCAUUCCAGUUAGAAACAGAUACGGGAGCGAUCAGGCUACUGAGAAGCCUGGACUUUGAGGAAGUCGACUUCUACGAAUUUCGCGUUCAGUCACAGGAUGGAGGUGCCCUUUCCGAUUCGGCGAGGGUGUCGAUCUCGGUGACGGACGUGAACGACAACGCGCCCGAGAUUUCGGUGCGGUCGGCGCUGAGCGAGAUCUCGGAGGACGCGGCGCCGGGGACGGUGGUGGCGCUGCUGCACGUGCAGGACCGCGACUCGGGCGCCAACGGGGAGGUGCGGUGCAGCCUGGGCGAGGGCGUCCCGUUCCGGCUGGAGCGGGCGCUGGACGACUACUACAGCGUGGUGACGGCGCGGGAGCUGGACCGCGAGCGGGCGUCGGAGUACAACGUGACGGUGCGGGCGGCGGACGGCGGGUCGCCGGCGCUGCGGAGCGGCGCGGUGCUGGCGCUGCGGGUGCUGGACGUGAACGACAACGCGCCGGUGUUCGCGGAGGCGCGCUACAGCGCGCGGCUGCCCGAGAACAACGCCGAGGGCGCGCUGGUGCUGACGGUGCGCGCGUGGGACGCGGACUGGGGGCAGAACGCGCGCGUGCGCUACCGGCUGCGGGAGGGGCGGCUGCGGGGCGCGCCGCUGUCGUCCUACGUGUCGGUGCAGGCGGAGACGGGCGCGCUGUACGCGCUGCGCUCGUUCGACUACGAGGAGGUGCGCGAGGUGGAGCUGUGGGUGCGGGCGGAGGACGGCGGCGCGCCGCCGCUCAGCAGCAACGUGUCGGUGCGGCUGCUGAUCGCGGACGAGAACGACAACGCGCCGCAGGUGCUGUACCCGCCGGCGGCGCCGGGGCCGGGGCCGGGUCCGGGAUCGGGCGCGGGCGUCGGUGCGUGGGGCUCGGCGUCGGGCGCGUGGAGCUGGGCGGGCGUGGAGCUGGCGCCGCGCUCGGCGGAGCCCGGCGCGCUGGUGGCCAAGGUGGUGGCGGUGGACGCGGACGCGGGGCAGAACGCGUGGCUGUCGUACGAGCUGGCCAAGGCGACGGAGCCGGGGCUGUUCCGCGUGGGGCUGCACAGCGGCGAGGUGCGCACGGCGCGCUCGCCGCUGGCCCGCGACGCGGCCCGGCACAGCCUGGUGGUGGUGGUGAAGGACCGCGGGCGGCCGGCGCUGUCGGCCACGGCCACGCUGACGGUGGUGCUGGCCGAGAGCGUGGCCGAGCUGCUGUCGGAGCUGGGCAGCGCGGCGGCGCCGGCCGAGCCCGCCGGCAGCCUGACGCGCUGGCUGGUGCUGGCCGUGGCGGCCGUGUCCUGCCUCUUCCUCGCCUUCCUGCUGCUGCUGCUGGCGCUGCGCCUGCGCCGCUGGCGCCGCUCGCGGCUGCCGCCGCCGCCUUCGGCCGGCGCCGCCUUGCGCGGCGUCCCGGCCUCGCACUUCGUGGGCAUCGACGGCGUCCGCGCCUUCCUGCGCUCCUACUCGCACGACGUGUCGCUCACCGCCGACUCGCGCAAGAGCCAGCUGCGCUGCGCGGGCGGCAGCUGCUGCGACACGCUCCCGGCCCGGCCGCCGCCCGACGAGGCCGCGCCGCUGCGCGGGGAAGACGCUGCCGCCCACCGCGCCGCCGAGCCCGACGGCCUCCCGGUGAGUGCUGCCACUGUUCACUGCUUUGUUAGAUUCAACAUUUUUGCCUUGUUUCUUUUCACAUUCUAAAGGCAGAUCUCAGUGUAGUUGAAAACCCUUUCAGGUCUGGAAUAUCAUUUAUAAAUUUCCAGUGGUGGAGCUGUUUUUGUACAUGGCUUGUAUGUUUUAAGCUUUCAAUUGGAAGAACUUUAUAUUCUUAGGUUUCUGUAAAAUGUCACUGAAUUAAGUGUUGUUCAUGAUCAAGUUAGUGCCAAAUGCUGUUAUACUUGAUCAUGCAAAUGAAGUCUGUGAAUGUUGAGAGAUGAACGUGAGAGGCUUGUUUGGAAACUAGGAAAUAGGUGGUUAGCAUUGUUUUUUGAAGGGUACAGUUUGAGUUCAUGGCUGGUGCAAAGCUCUGUGUUGUUUACACUACAAUCCCUGUUUCCCUGUCUUUAGAGGCAACUAUAAUUGCCUGCAAAUGAACAUUUCAUCCAAAAUUGUUUGUAGAACUUUUCUUUAGAGCUAGAAUGGCAUAUAAUGGCAGUAUGGAACCCCAUUUAUCCAUCUCUAGUUUCCUGUAUCCUGUGAGGUACAUUUUCUUCACUGUGAUUUUCAUGUGUUCAGGCCUGUACUUCCUGGAUGGUUGUGGUUCAUGUUUUCAGUUUCUGGCCAAUGUUUUUACAGUGGGAAAUUAGAAUGUUGUAUUACAGGAUGUUCUUUCUUCCUUUGACACAGUCGUAAUCCGCUGUAGAAAGGAUUUUCUCUGUGAGGAAGAAGGAAGCAGAAGAUUAAAGACAACGUCUCAUAGAUUCUCAGAACCAUUAAUGUUCAAAAUAGGUCCAUGAGGAGAUACUUCAACUUCUGGUUUCUUUAUUUCUGUGUGCUUCCAACCAUGAGUUUGCUUUGACUGCCACCUAACCCUUUGUAUUUUUGGCAGGGCUUGGAUAACUUCCCAACAGCACAUGUGGUGGGUGUAUUGGGUGUGAUGGUCCUCUAACAGGAGGUUAACAAGCCUAUCUAUAAUUUCUGCUUUACAUUUAAACUGUUUACAUAGAUGGAAAAAAUGUCCUUGUAUCCGCCUCUGUCAUGGUCUUUGUACAUUUAGUAGAGAAACAGGCUGAACUAUUGGUCCUUUGAAACUGUUUGUUAUCAGAAAACAUUAAAGACAGUCAGGAGUAUAAUUUGGGAAUGGCUUGUGGAUGGUCCAUCUGAAGAACUUGUGGAGGAAAGAGGAUUGUUUGAACUUUGACAUCAUGGCAAUGGAGCAGCCUAUACUAGAUAGUAAUCGGUAUGAUAAGAGUCUCUUUGUGGGCUCACCACUUGUUAGUUUUGCCUUGCUUCUUGUCAAAGAUUAAAGUAGUCUGCAGUGUGGAAGAGAGCCCUCAGUUAACUGGAUGACCUGACUUGAAUGUUUACAGCCGCCAUGAAAAGGACUUCAAUAUGCUUAUGUUUCCUUCAUCUGUCACCGAAUGACAUGCUCCUGCUAGGAGCUGACAGACUGCUUCAUGUUGUAUGUAUCCAUGGUGCAAGUAAAGGUUGUGAAUGCAGAGUAAGGAUGGUGAGUGGUUGGAUUCGAAUGUGGACAAUGGGUGUGUCAGCAGCGAUAUUGUGUGGACAGUGGUUUGAUUUCAUGAUUGGUACCAACACCUGUAGUAUAUAGGAACCAUUUUUUUUCCCAGAUUCAAAGUCUUGCAUGGUAAUGGUAGUUCUUUGAUGAUAAAAUUUGUCUCCGUAUAUAGUAUGAUAAUGCGUAUCUGCUGAUGGCUUAUAAAUCUCACGUAAAGCCUCUCAUCUAUCUAGAUGUAAAUUUGUGGUGUAGAGUUGCUUCAUAGUUGAGAUUCUGUUUACAGGCCUUCUUCUGAGCAUGGCUGUGUUCCCCUUUUCUGAUUAUCUGGACAGGGCAUAUGCAUUUGGAAAUGAGAAGGCUGUAUUGCAAAAGCUCUGGCAUUCCCUGAUUAUGUCCAACAAACACAUAAGACAAAAUGUUAUGUGUGACACUGAGACUGAAUCCCUCACGGUUUGCAUUGUUUGCAAGAGUAGUCUGGUUAGGUUGAGGCUGGACUUGAUGAUUUUGAAGGUCUUCUCCAACUUGAGCAAUUCUCUUUCUAUGGUGUAGUGAAAUAAUUUGAAAUAGUCCUUGUAUUAACUCUUAUUCAUUUAAAGUUUCAUAGUCUUUGGAGACGAACAGGAGAGUUGGAAUCUUUCUGAGAAGCGCUGAAUUUUU